AUCUAACCACAGAAGGUAAAAGAAACGACCAAAGCCUCAAACUGAACUCAGCUCUUUCCUCUCCUUUUCUCUCUGUCAGCUUUUUAUUAUUAUUAUUAUUAUUGAAUUGAAGUACCCAAUAGACAAACAGGUCAAUGUUGCAUGCAAUCUCCGUCCCAAACACUUGCAUUUUGUACCCAAGAAGCCGGUGUUUUGGUCAAAGGAACAGAGGCUCAACAAGGCUCUGUGUGCGUGCUUCGUUGCUGGAUAAUAAUGAUGGAUUUAAAGUGGAGUAUACACCUUGGUUGAUUGUUGGACUGGGUAACCCUGGAAAUAAGUACCAUGGAACUCGGCACAAUGUUGGUUUUGAGAUGAUUGAUCAAAUUUCUCGAGUGGAGGGGAUUGCAUUGAAUACCAUACAGUCAAAAGCUCUAAUUGGAUUAGGUGCCAUUGGGGAAGUACCAAUUUUGUUGGCAAAGCCUCAGGCAUACAUGAAUUUCAGUGGGGAGUCGGUUGGGCCUCUUGCAGCUUAUUAUCAAGUACCCUUGCGUCACAUUUUAUUGAUAUAUGAUGAGAUGAGCUUGCCAAAUGGUGUUCUCAGGCUUCAGCCGAAAGGAGGACAUGGUCAUCAUAAUGGAGUGAAGAGUGUGAUGGGCCAUUUGGAUGGUUGUCGUGAAUUUCCUCGAUUGUGCAUAGGCAUUGGAAAUCCACCUGGCAGUAUGGACAUGAAAGCUUAUCUUCUGCAGAAGUUCAGUUCAGUGGAGCGAAAUCAGUUUUGCCAGGUUAUGCCCAACCUAAGGAGCAGGGGUAUACCAUUACAAAAUUCUCUCAUUGUCAAAUUCCCUGUAUGCUUUCAGAAAGAAAACCACCCUAUACACCCAGAGUGAAAACAGCCAACCCCACUAACAUCUGGUUAGCCACUUGCACACAAAAGGAACCGUCAUACAAUGAACACAAUGAAAAGAUAAACACCUGACAGUAAAACAGUUCCCUGCAUCAACAAAGACCACAAUAAUCAAGCAGAGGUAUACUAUUACUGAUUCAACUAUUCUUUAAGGUUUAGUUGCCUCUUGCCUAUCUCUUGAAUUACAGUAAGAAAAGUGAUGUUGGGUUGCAUCGGUGUUUUCCCUCAGCAUGUAUAAUGAGUUAUAUGCUCAAACGGAAACUUAGCUCUUCAUAAUUAUACUGGCUGUCCCUUCACAGUUCCUAUUCAGAAUUAAUGCAAUACA